ACUAGACCCCCCCUCUCGCUACCACUUUAUACUGUUCAAAUUCGAUACUUUGCUGUUGUUACUAAGAACGAGAAACUUUGCUUUCUUCUCUCUCUAUGUCUGCCGCAUUGUCUCGUUCUACUUCAGAAUCUCUCAUCUCACUUCCACGCAUUAAAGGGCUUGUCUCUAUUUCUCUCUCUUUCGAGUCUUUCAUGGUCUUCUGGGCUUUUGUAUCUUUCAGCUUGAAACUUCCAUAAAGAGUGUAUACAGAGCUCAUAAUAAGAGCAAAACAAGAGAACCCAUUUGGUGUUUGCUUUCAUUCCUUCCACAUUUGAAGCUUAUUUCAUGGGUUUUGGGAUUAGUGGGAAAACACAAAGAACUCAACUUUUUGGGUUAUCAAAGUGAGAACCCAGAUACUGGGGAAGGAGGGGAAGAACCCAGAAGGCCAAAAUAGCUGUAUGAAGUGAUAGAGAAACAAUGGGAGAUGGGAAUACCAAGAAAAGCAAGCUCUCAUGGUCAAAGAAAAUGGUCAGGAAGUGGUUCAAUAUCAAGAGCAAAACUGAGGACUUUCAGGCAGAUGAUGUUGUUUAUGGGGGAGCUGAGGUUGAAUACAGGACUAGCUUCUCAGAGAGGGAACCGUGCACGAUUAAGAAAAGCAAAACAGAGAAAUUCAGCAAGAACACAGAGCAGGUCCGUCGGCGGAAGAUGAAUCUUGACCAUCCUCGAAUCAUAGAUGUGCAGAACCAUAGCAUUUUUGUUGCUACAUGGAAUGUGGCCGGAAGAUCUCCACCAAGCAAUUUAAAUAUGGAUGAGUGGCUUCAUGCCUCACCUCCUGCAGACAUUUAUGUUCUCGGGUUUCAAGAGAUAGUUCCACUAAAUGCUGGUAAUGUUCUGGGGGCAGAAGACAAUGGACCUGCCAAGAAAUGGUUGGCUCUCAUUCGGAAGACUUUAAACAAUCUUCCUGGUACUAGUGGUGGCGGUGGCUGCUAUACACCAUCUCCCAUCCCACAGCCAAUUGUCGAGUUACAUGCAGAUUUUGAGGGAUCUGCUAGGCAGAAGAGCUCAUCUUUUUUUCAAAGGAGAUCAUUCCAGGCAACACCCAGCUGGAGAACGGAGAAUGACCCUUCAGCUUCACAACCCCGACUUGAUCGAAGAUUCAGUGUUUGUGAUCGGGUGAUCUUUGGUCACAGGCCAAGUGACUAUGAUCCCAACUUCAGAUGGGGUCACAGGCCAAGUGACUAUUCAAGGCCUAGUGACUACUCAGGACCGAGUGACUAUUAUUCUAGGCCGAGUGACUACUCAAGGCCGAGUGACUUUUCCAGGUGGGGUUCGUCUGAUGAUGAUAAUGGACCAGGCGAUUCACCAAGUACUGUUUUAUUCUCACCAAUGUCCUAUGCUGGAUCUGCAUCCAAUGAAAAUGGAUAUAGAAUGCCAGGGCAUUCAAGGUACAACUUAGUUGCAAGCAAGCAAAUGGUGGGCAUAUUUCUUACAGUAUGGGUCAGAAGUGAACUGAGGGAUCAUGUUAAAAACAUGAAAGUAUCAUGUGUUGGAAGAGGACUAAUGGGGUACCUUGGAAAUAAGGGAUCCAUUUCAGUCAGCAUGUCUUUGCACGAUACAACCUUUUGCUUUAUUUGUACUCAUUUAACCUCAGGACAGAAGGAGGGUGAUGAGCUAAGAAGGAAUUCUGAUGUCAUGGAGAUCCUUAGGAAGACAAGGUUUCCAAAGGUUAAUGGCUCUAGCGCGUUGAAAAACCCAGAAACAAUCCUGGAGCAUGAUCGAGUUAUUUGGCUUGGGGAUUUAAAUUAUCGGAUUUCCCUCUCUUACCGCUCUGCUAAGGCAUUAGUUGAGAUGCAAAACUGGAGGGCCUUGUUAGAGAACGACCAGUUAAGGAUAGAGCAAAAACGUGGUCGUGUAUUUGUGGGCUGGAAUGAGGGGAAGAUUUACUUCCCACCAACUUACAAGUAUUCUACUAAUUCAGACAGAUAUGCAGGGGAUGAUAUGCACCCAAAGGAGAAACGUCGGACACCUGCUUGGUGUGAUCGAAUAUUGUGGUAUGGUGAAGGUCUCCAACAGUUAUCUUAUGUCCGUGGGGAAUCUAGGUUCUCAGAUCAUAGACCAGUUUAUGGCAUAUUUUGGGCGGAGGUCGAGUCAAGUCACAACAAACUGAAGAAAAGCACUAGUUAUUCUAGUUCUAGGAUUGAAGUAGAGGAGCUUCUGCCAUAUUCACAUGGAUAUACUGAGCUAAACUUUUUCUGAAGGAUGAGGGAACAAUGAUGACCCACAAUGGUCCUAUAUUCAAGCGGGAAUCACUUUGAAGGACUCAUGAAGGCUGAUGGAGACAUUCCUUAUCCCACAAAUCGAAAAAGGUUUUAAUAUUGAAAUUUUUGGUCAGUAACUACAUACAUCAACAGCAAAUUGUACAGUAACUACAGUUGAUUAUCAAAGCAUGGUAGCUGUUAAAAUCAGUUUCAGUGGUCAGCACAGUGCAUUAUUUGGUCACCCAAUUAACAGACACUUACCUUUUUGGCAUCUCAAAGUGUUCCUAUUUUCUGUUCAGCACAAUUAUUAGGAUAAACUGUCCAACCAGAAGUUGCCAAGUGAGAAGAUGAGGAUUUUUUUUUUAUUCAAGAUUCUUUAUUUGUUUAGGAAUUAGGAAUAUAUAUGAUGACUGAAUGAAAGUGAAAAGGUCAAAAUAAUCAUUCCUUACAACCUUUUUGUUUUAAAUGCAAAAGAAGUAGAGAAUUGAUGGAUGCUCUGUAGAGGCUGUUGCCAAUGUGGAAGAGAAAAAAAAGGAUAAUGAAACAAACAAUGGUGUUUAUAAUUGAAAUCUGAAGCCUCUGGUCUCAUUGCUA